GGAACCCGGUCUGUCCGCACGUUCUCAAAAUGAUUGGUUACAUAACCAAUCUGGAGAAACUCGGGUUCUCCUUGCAGAAGGAGCUGGCAACGGACUUGAUCCUGCAGUCGCUCCCUGAGCUGUAUAAGGGUUUUUUCAUGAACUACAUGAUGCAUGAUCUUGACAAACCCCUUCCGGAGCUUCUUAAAAUGCUCCAGACUGUAGAGGAGAACCUUACUAAGGGCAAGGGUGCUUCCGUCCUUAUGGUCCAAGGCGGAAAGGGGAAGCCGAAGAAGGGGUUAAGAUUAAGGCUAGGAUGGUCGGAAAGCCUAAAUUGAAGUCCACUUCAUCUGCAACCCAGAAACCCAUAGGAGGAGUUGCAAAGGGCAAAUGUCAUCACUGUGGUAAGGCAAGCCACUGGAGAAGAAACUGCAAGACAUACCUCGCAACCAAGAAGAAGGAAGGUACGACCAUUUCUUCUGAGGUGUAUGUUAUAGAAGUUAACAUGUCUAUAUCUUCAUCAUGGGUACUAGAUACUGGAUGUGGGUCUCAUAUCUGUACUACCAUGCAGGGACUGAAGCAGAGUAGACGGUUAGCUCGAGGCGAGAUUGA